AUGCUAUUAUUUGAGCUGUUCGAGGUAUCUCAAACGGUGCAAACGGUGCAAUUGGAGCAGGAGUUCCGAAAUCGCCUGGUUGAUUGGAGCCACAGUGUCGCGAGUUUAUGUGCUUUAAGUAUUGGCUAUCAAAUCCUCAGUAACCCUCAAUCACGCGAAAGGUACAUUGAAUUGGGCGACGAGGGUGCGUCCGAGCUGGUAGAUCAGAUUGACGACCCGUUGAACUUCCUCGAAUCAUGCUUCUACGGCUUUUAUCGACCGCAAAUCGUCGAUCCAGUGCCAUUACUCAAGGUGCUACAGGACCACAAGAAGGAAAGCACCAGGGCGGUGUUCUCAGGGACGCAAGAUAUUCUGGAAAAGUUCUAA